UCCGAAAUUUCAAAAAUUCCCGCUCCCGCCAUCGCGCGCUAAAUUAACCCUCUUACCAAAAUACCCAAUGAUCGACUUCUCGCCCCCAUCCGAGCUCUCUCUCUCUCUCUCUCUUCUUCUUCUUCUUCUUCACCUGCUGCAGGUGAGUGCGAGAGAGACUAGCAAACAACAGAAAAAGGAGGAAAUGGAAACCCCGAAACCUCAAUCGUUUUUCCAAGACUUAAGAUUAAGAGAACUCAAUGGUUUCCGAGUGAGGAAACGCCCGUAUAUGGGCAAUGACACGCGAGAUUUCGAUCCAAUCGGAGCUGUGGCAGUUGAGCACAGUGGAGAACCUUCUCCUCCGAUGGCUCUGUCUUUCUGCAAGACAAAUAAAAAGGCCCAUAUUAUUGCUCUCACCGACGAGGGGGGUUAUGUUACCCUGUUUAAUACCAGGCAGAAAUUUCUGGAUUUCUCUUCUUACCAAGAAAACGCAGAAAAGGCUAAGGUUUCUGAGUGGAUGGCUCACGCAAAUGCCAUAUUUGACCUAUGCUGGAUCAAGGAUGAUGCCCUUAUGUUAACUGCUUCGGGAGAUCAAAGUAUAAAAGUUUGGGAUACAGAACAAAAGAAAUGCAUAAGAGCAUUGAUGGGGCACACUGGAAGCAUCAAGUCCAUCAGUUGCCAUCCUACUAAUCAGGAGCUAGUUGUGUCUGGCUCAAGAGAUGGGUCAUUUGCUGUAUGGGACACCAGAUGCUCCAGAAACACCAAUCAGAAAUUUUGUGUACCGCCUAUUUCUGUAAUCCAUGAGGCCCAUACUUCUCCUGGUCGAAGACGGCCUAGGCGUGGAAAGGCUGAAUCUAGGAGCAUCACAUCGGUGCUUUAUCUCAAGGAUGAAGUUUCUAUUGCUACUGCAGGAGCAGUCGAUAGUGUUAUUAAGUUAUGGGACUCAAGGCAUCUAAAAGCUCCAGUUACUCAUGCAUGCCCAAAUUCAGAAUCGAGCGAGGAAAAAAGAUUACAUGGCAUAUCCAGUUUGUCUCAAGAUUUAAAUGGAGUCUUUAUUGCGGCCUCAUGCAUGGAUCACAGAAUAUAUCUAUAUAAUGUACUUCAGCUGGAAAAGGGGCCUAUGAGAACUUUCUCCGGAGGUCGGACUGAUUCAUUCUUUGUGAAGGCAGCAAUCAGUCCUGAUGCGGCUCACAUACUGAGUGGUUCCAGUGAUGGAAAUGCCUACAUAUGGCAGGUGAACAAACCUCAGCUGGACCCUAUCACUCUGAAAAGCCAUGAUGGGGAAGUAACAGCAGUAGAUUGGUGCCCAUCAGAGAUGGGGAAGGUGGCCACUUGCUCAGAUGAUUUCACUGUUCGCCUUUGGAACAUCCAAAGCAGUUGUUAUUCAAAUACACGAUCCCCAUCGUCAAUGCGGAAGAGAGUAAGGGCACUUCCAAGAAUGCAGAGGAGAAAACUUCUCUUGGAUGAGGCCUUGUGCACAAAAAGUGAUGCAGAAAGCAUUCCUCAUAGUGUACUGUGCAAUGUUAACUCACCCCCUCCCAUCAGAACGGUAGAAGUGAGUACCCCAGAAUCUCAGAAGAAAAAGUUUUCAAUGAGUUUUGAAGUGAAAGAAAAUUUAGAGAGAACUCCAGAAGCUGAAAUGAAAAGCCCUUCUUCUGUUUUAAAUCCUCCUUCCUCACUAAAGAGAAAGACAAUCCGGGACUACUUUCCAGUUUCCUGAUAAAACUUUUAUAAUACUUCCAGUAAAUUAUGACUGCUGUACAGUUGAUGAAUAUACCUAGGUCAAUGUAUAUGCCUGCAGACAAAUUUUUCGAUGCAAGGAUGACAUGAGAGUAAAACUUGUAUUAGAGAGAGUAAUAGCUAUUUAAAAUAUCCUAGUUCUGUAACCAAAGCAAUUGAAUUGAUCAUUGUAUUUUUCAAGGGAGCUGCUCCACAUAAUACGUUAGCAUGGUGGUAUUGGAAUUGCAAACAGCAUAUUAUAAGGUUUAUGGUUUCAUUG